AUGUCAUUAACAUUAAUUUGCAAUGAUAACUGGAAUAAAAACGAAAAUAUAAAUAAGCCAACAGGAAGAGUAGGUCAUUCAUUACAUUUUUAUUAUGAAUUAAAUUCAUAUGAUAUAAAUGAAGAAGAAUAUGAUGAUAUAGAUAAUUCCAAUGGAUUAAAAAAAGAUAAAGAAAGUGAAAGUGAAAAAAAAAGUGAAGAUACUGAUGAAAAAGAAUUUGAAAAUGACUUUGAUAAGAAUAUAAAAAAUGAAGAUACUCCAAAGAACAAUAAAAAUAAUUUUAAAAACAAUAGAAAUAAAUAUAUUCAUGGGAAGUAUAAAAUAAUCAUAUUUGGUGGUGGAUCAAUAGAGGAUGAUUUCAUAAAAAAUUACACUAAUGAAUAUUUAAUGAACAGAGGAUGUAUAUAUUAUGAAAAAGAGAAUAAUUAUAUUAAUUAUAAAUCUAUGAGUAUUGAAAAUUAUUUAAAUAAAACAUAUAAUGAUAUAUAUAUAUGUGAAGAAAAAAAUUUUAAUAGUUGGGAGAACAUCCAUACAUAUAAUGUACCACCUCCAAGAGCUUUUCACGCAUCUUGCAUUGUCAAUUUAGGAUUAAAUGGAGUAUUUUUAUUUAUUCAUGGAGGAAAAGUUAAUAAUAAUCUUUUAGCUGAUGAUUCGUUAUAUGCUUUAAAUUUAAGUCAUAUUUCUUUCGAUGAUAAAGGUGAAAAACAAAUUAAGCAGAGAAAGGACACAAACAGUAAUUGUGAAAGUAGUGGUGAUGAUAAUAAUUAUGAUGAAGAAGAUGAAUAUGAGGAUAAUGGUGAAAUAAAUAAUGGUUAUAAUGAGGAAGAACUUAAUAUAAAUAAUGAAACUAAUAAAAAAUGUUAUAACAGUGAAUAUGAUAAAUAUUAUAUUUACAAUAAUUUAAAAGAAGAAAAUAAAAUAAGUAGUUUAUAUAAAAAGGUAAUUAAAAAAGAUUUUAAAAAUUUAAAAAAAAAAACAAUAAAAAAAGAUGAUGAUAAUUUAAGAGAAGAUAUAGCAAAGGAUAGUCCAGAAAAAAUAAUUCAAAAAGGUGGCAAUGACUUAACUAAAAAAUUUGCUAAUUCAAUAGAAUUGAAUAAUCAGAAUUUUAGUUUAUGUGAAUCAGAAAAGGGAUUUUUUAAUAACGAAUAUGAAAAAAGAGAGAAAGAAAUUAAAAAAAAAGAGGAAAGUGAAAAAUAUAAUAUAUCACAAAAUAAUUUAAUUAAUAAGAAGAAAUUAAGAUACUCUUCAUCGUCUGAUUCUUCAUCAUAUUUAUGUUCAACAUCAGAUACAUUAUCUUCAUCCUAUUCAACCUCAUCUUCAUGCUCAUCUUGUUUAUCUAAUUCAUCCUUUUUGCAUAAUAAAAGCGUUUCUGAUAAUUAUAGUAAUACAUGUAAGAAUUUAUGUAAUCCAACAAAAAGUGCUUUAAGCUCAUCAUCAUCUGAUGGUAUAUACGGAGUUACGAAUACAUAUAUAUCUGAAGAAAUAAAAAGAAAAUGGAUACAAAUAAAAAUUAUUGGAAAUAAGCCAAAUAGUAGAUAUGGUCAUACUUUAGACUUUUUAUAUCCAUACUUAAUUUUAUUUGGUGGGAAUGAGAAAAUAUGUGACGUAGAAAAUUUGCAUUGUAAAAAUGAUCUGUGGGUAUUAAAUAUAGAAAAAUGUAAAAAAAAAAAAAAAAAAAAAAAAGAAUUUAUAUAUUUUACAUGGGAAGAAAUAGAAUAUACAUCUAUUAAUCCGCUAGGUAGAUAUUUUCAUUCAACUUGUAUAUGGUACGAUAAAAAAAAAAAAAAAAAUAAUUUAAUUUUAUAUGGAGGGAAAAUGAGAAGUAAAACAAAUACUAGUAGAUUGUUUUUGUUACAAAAAAAUGGAAAUAGUUGGAUUUGGUCAUUGUUACCUGUUUAUGUAGAUUGCUUAAAUGAAAAUAGAGCUUAUCAUUCAAUAGUUAAUAUAAAUGACUAUAUAUUUAUUAUUGGAGGAGAAGAGUAUAAUUAUAAGUAUAUAGAAAAAAUGCCAUCAGCUUUAUAUUCUUUUGAAACAAAAAAAUUUCAUUAUAUUGAUGAUUUUACGGCUAAAGCUUGCUUAAAAUGUUUUGCAAAAGAUUAUGUUAUUUAUUCAUGGGGAGGAUUUACUGAUAUUCCUUUCAAACAAAAUUUUUUUCCCAAUAAUUUUGCUAUUCUAGAUGUAAGUCCACAUAUUUUAAGCUCUCAAAUGAGAGACAGCUUAUACGAUGAAUAUGAUGAAAAUUCAAACUUCAUAAUUAAAGCAGAAAGUGAUUCAGAUGAUAAUAUUUAUAAAAAUAUGAAUAAAGAGAUAUCGAAAUUAGAAAAAAAACAAAAAGAAUUGGAAAAAGACUUAUCAUUUCAUAUAAAAUUAAAUAAUAAUUUGAAUUAUCGCUUAAAAUCCCAAACACUACAAUAUCAAAAGUUAAUUCAGUUAAUAAAUUUUAAGCAGAAGCAAAAUGCGUAUUUAUUCGAUUUAUUAAAAAAGAACAAUUUAGAUAUAAAUAAUGUUAAUAACAAUAAAGAUUACGAUAGUAUAAUAAGCAGUAUUAGUAAUAAUAAUUACACAAAUUGCAGUGACUAUUUUAAAUUUUAUAACAAUAUAAAUGAUAAUUUGAUGAAUACAACAAAAGCUGAUAUAGACACACACAACUUAGAUUCUAGACAUGAAGAUAACAAUAUAAUAAAUGAAUUGAAUAAUCAAAUUCAAGAUAAAAAAUUAAUAAAUGAAAUAAACCCAAGGGAUUCUAAUACUUAUGAAAAUAUGCUAAACAUUGAAAAAAUUCAAAGGUAUUCUUACACUAACAAUACAAAUACAAAAAACGAAAACAAUGAAGAGCAUAUGUCUUCUCAAUCACCUUUUGAACAAAAUUACUCGAAAAAUACAUUUGAUAACAAGUGUAACGAAAAUAAAUAUAUUGAACAAAUAAAAAAUGAUUUAAUAAAUGUCCAAGAAGUAUCCGAGUUUUUAGAAAAGACACAGAACGAUUAUUUUAACGAGGAAUAUAAUGUUUAUAAAAAUAAUUUAUAUACAAAUGAAGAUAUAAAAGAAAAUUCAAAAUAUUUAGAUGACCAUUUAAAUUAUAAAAGUAGUUCGGCUGAUAGUUUCAUAAAUAAUAAUAGCAGCUUUAUGAAUGAUUAUUCCAUCUCUUUAGAUCUUUGUAUAGGAAAACAACAAAAUGAUUAUAAUAAUAAUUUAACUGAUAAUUCAUCUAUUCCUAAUCAAAACCUUGGUUGUAAUGAAAAAAAAAAUACCAAAUAUAACGAAAAUGAAAAUAUAAGAAAUCAAGCAGAUAUAAAAUUACCAGAAAGAGAAGCAUCAAAUCAAAGAGUUCGCAGAAAAACAGCAGAAAAAUGUUUAAAAUUAAUUGAACAAGAUAGAUUAAAUAGAAUUUUAAAGGAAAAAUAG